AUGGCGUCGUCCGCCGUGCCCCGCCACGCCGCAGGCGCGCGGACGUUGUCAGGGAGCGUCAAGAUCGCGGCGCUAGCGCUGGACGCAGCAGGCGCCGCAAUAAACGGCGGAAUUUCCGCCGUCGUUGGCGCUGGUAGCCGCGCGGGGGGAUCGGCGGAACCGGGGGCGUCGGAAAGGGGGGGAGGAGCCGGGGGGCAGGCGUCGAGCCCCAAAGGCGCCUUCCGCGGCGCUGGCAGUCCGCGCGCGUCUGGCGGACUGUUUCCCCGACAUGCGGCAGUGAACUACCUCAACUCAAUGCACAUGCUUCCCUCCCUCUCCUCCUUCUCCAUCCGCUCCCAUCCCUCCCCUCUUAUCCUUUCCAUCCCUCCCCUCCUCCCAUCCCUUCCAUCUCCCCUCCAAACUUUCCAUUCACCUCCUCCUCUCUUCCCAUCCCUCCUCCUCCCCCUUCCGCCGCUCCCGCUGCGCCAGCUGUACCUGAUGUGGUUACCGGAGCUGGGGCCCAUGCGGUUACCACAGGACGACUUUGUGGGCAGCAAAUCGACCAAGGCGCUGGAGAAGAUGAGGCUGGAGAAGAUGAGGCUGGAGAAGAUGAGGCUGGAGAUGAAGGCUAAAAAAUACGACCGUCCUUGUGCUGAAGCUCUGGAGAAGGUGGGGCUGGAGAAGGUGGGGCUGGAGAAGGUGGGGCUGGAGAAGGCUGGAGAUGCUGCAGACGAAGCAGCAGCUGCAGCAACGAUCCGUUCCCCACUUUACCCCCUUUCUGCUGCCAACCCCCAUCCCAUACCAUUCUCCAUUCUAGAGUUGCUGGAGCAGAGCAGGAGAGAGCUCAAGGGGCAGAUGACACAGAAUCUAGAAAAGAUGGGGCUGGAGAUGGGGCAGACGAAGCAGCAACCAUCCUUUCCCCGUGCUCCCCCUUUUUCUGCUGUCAAUCCCCAAAUCAUCCCUCUCCUAGAGUUGUUGGAGCAGAGCAGGAAAGAGCUGAAGGGGCAGGUGGCAGAGAAUUUGGAGAAGAUGGGGUUGGAGAUGCUGCAGACGAAGCAGGACAGCGCACGGGCAGCUGCUGAUGUGGCGGACUGGUGGCAGCACGAGCAGGGCAGGCUGAAAGCCAUGAGCCAGGACGUCGGGCAGCUGAAAGAGAUUGUCGGGCAGCACGCAAGGAAGCUGGAGGCGCAAGUGCGAGCGGUGCAGCAUCUUCUGACUUGUUUCCUUCCUUCCCUUGCAAGAACCCAGGAAGCUUCUGGAAACAACGAGGAGCAGCAGGGGGGUGGCAGAAAUGGGUUUUCUACAAGUGAGGAGGGGGAUAAAGGGGGCGACGAGGAUGGAGAGGUGGCACGACCAGAGCAGUGGCAGAAGGGGCGGCAUGAGGCGUUGAUGCACUUCUGGGUGGCGGACGAUCAGCCCUCACAGUGGAAGCAACGGUCCUUCCAGCGCCACGGGUCGUUCGGCUUCAUCAAGUUCAGCGCCUACCGAGUGAAUGUGUCCAGGGUGGCAGUGCUGGGGCUAGACGCCUACCGAGUGAAUGCGUCCACGGUGGCAGUGCUGGGGCUGGCGUCUCUCCCCAUGCACCAUGGCCAUCGCUUCUCCUCCUGCCGCUGGCAUGCUUCCGCCCCGGCUACUGCUGACAAUGGGGGAGUUGGCACUGCUGGUGGGGGCAUGACUGAAGGCAAGCUGGUGCCGCUUUAUGUGGAGGAGCAUCACGACUACCUGACCGGACCUCGACUAACGACCUCUCCCCCUCCCUCCCCCCAGCAGUACGAGGCAGUGGUGCUGCUGUGUGUGCUGGACGCGCCUUCAGCAUCGUCAGGAGGAGUGUUGGAGGCAGAGGUCGAUGGGGAGGUGCUCUUCCCCUUUGUGGAGCAGCCGGGGCAGUUCUCUUCCCUUCCCUUUCUGCCCUUCCCUUUCUUCCCUUCCCUUUCUUCCCUUCCCUUUCUUCCCUUGCCUUUCUUCCCUUCCCUUCCCUUUCUUCCCUUCCCUUUCUCUCCUUCCCUUUCUCUCCUUCCCUUUCUCUCCUUCCCUUUCUUCCCUUCCCUUUCUUCCCUUCCCUUUCUUCCCUUCCCUUUCUUCCCUUCCCUUUCUCUCCUUCCCUUUCUCUCCUUCCCUUUCUCUCCUUCCCUUUCUCUCCUUCCCUUUCUCUCCUUCCCUUUCUUCCCUUCCCUUUCUUCCCUUGCCUUUCUUCCCUUCCCUUUCUUCCCUUCCCUUUCUCUCCUUCCCUUUCUCUCCUUCCCUUUCUUCCCUUCCCUUUCUUCCCUUCCCUUUCUCUCCUUCCCUUUCUCUCCUUCCCUUUCUCUCCUUCCCUUUCUCUCCUUCCCUUUCUUCCCUUCCCUUUCUUCCCUUCCCUUUCUUCCCUUGCCUUUCUUCCCUUCCCUUUCUUCCCUUCCCUUUCUCUCCUUCCCUUUCUCUCCUUCCCUUUCUCUCCUUCCCUUUCUCUCCUUCCCUUUCUUCCCUUCCCUUUCUUCCCUUCCCUUUCUUCCCUUCCCUUUCUCUCCUUCCCUUUCUUCCCUUUCCUUUCUUCCCUUCCCUUUCUUCCCUUCCCUUUCUUCCCUUCCCUUUCUUCCCUUCCCUUUCUCUCCUUCCCUUUCUCUCCUUCCCUUUCUCUCCUUCCCUUUCUCUCCUUCCCUUUCUCUCCUUCCCUUUCUCUCCUUCCCUUUCUCUCCUUCCCUUUCUUCCCUUCCCUUUCUUCCCUUCCCUUUCUUCCCUUCCCUUUCUCUCCUUCCCUUUCGCUCCUUCCCUUUCUCUCCUUCCCUUUCUCUCCUUCCCUUUCUUCCCUUCCCUUUCUUCCCUUCCCUUUCUCUCCUUCCCUUUCUCUCCUUCCCUUUCUUCCCUUCCCUUUCUUCCCUUCCCUUUCUUCCCUUCCCUUUCUCUCCUUCCCUUUCUCUCUUUCCCUUUCUCUCCUUCCCUUUCUCUCCUUCCCUUUCUUCCCUUCCCUUUCUUCCCUUCCCUUUCUUCCCUUGCCUUUCUUCCCUUCCCUUUCUUCCCUUCCCUUUCUUCCCUUCCCUUUCUCUCCUUCCCUUUCUCUCCUUCCCUUUCUCUCCUUCCCUUUCUCUCCUUCCCUUUCUUCCCUUCCCUUUCUUCCCUUCCCUUUCUCUCCUUCCCUUUCUCUCCUUCCCUUUCUCUCCUUCCCUUUCUCUCCUUCCCUUUCUUCCCUUCCCUUUCUUCCCUUCCCUUUCUUCCCUUCCCUUUCUUCCCUUCCCUUUCUCUCCUUCCCUUUCUCUCCUUCCCUUUCUCUCCUUCCCUUUCUCUCCUUCCCUUUCUUCCCUUCCCUUUCUUCCCUUCCCUUUCUUCCCUUGCCUUUCUUCCCUUCCCUUUCUUCCCUUCCCUUUCUCUCCUUCCCUUUCUCUCCUUCCCUUUCUCUCCUUCCCUUUCUCUCCUUCCCUUUCUUCCCUUCCCUUUCUUCCCUUCCCUUUCUUCCCUUCCCUUUCUUCCCUUCCCUUUCUUCCCUUGCCUUUCUUCCCUUGCCUUUCUCUCCUUCCCUUUCUCUCCUUCCCUUUCUGUCCUUCCUUUUCUCUCCUUGCCUUUCUUCCCUUGCCUUUCUUCCCUUCCCUUUCUCUCCUUCCCUUUCUCUCCUUCCCUUUCUCUCCUUCCCUUUCUUCCCUUCCCUUUCUUCCCUUCCCUUUCUCUCCUUCCCUUUUUCUCCUUCCCUUUCUUCCCUUCCCUUUCUUCCCUUCCCUUUCUCUCCUUCCCUUUCUCUUCUUCCCUUUCUCUCCUUCCCUUUCUCUCCUUCCCUUUCUUCCCUUCCCUUUCUUCCCUUCCCUUUCUUCCCUUCCUUCUUCUUCCCUUCCCUUUCUCUCCUUCCCUUUCUCUCCUUCCCUUUCUCUCCUUCCCUUUCUCUCCUUCCCUUUCUUCCCUUCCCUUUCUUCCCUUCCCUUUCUUCCCUUCCCUUUCUCUCCUUCCCUUUCUCUCCUUCCCUUUCUCCUUCCCUUUCUCUCCUUCCCUUUCUUCCCUUCCCUUUCUUCCCUUCCCUUUCUUUCCUUGCCUUUCUUCCCUUCCCUUUCUUCCCUUCCCUUUCUCUCCUUCCCUUUCUCUCCUUCCCUUUCUCUCCUUCCCUUUCUCUCCUUCCCUUUCUUCCCUUCCCUUUCUUCCCUUCCCUUUCUCUCCUUCCCUUUCUCUCCUUCCCUUUCUCUCCUUCCCUUUCUUCCCUUCCCUUUCUUCCCUUCCCUUUCUUCCCUUGCCUUUCUUCCCUUGCCUUUCUUCCCUUCCCUUUCUCUCCUUCCCUUUCUCUCCUUCCCUUUCUCUCCUUCCCUUUCUCUCCCUCCCAUUCUUCCCUUCCCUUUCUUCCCUUCCCUUUCUCUCCUUCCCUUUCUCUCCUUCCCUUUCUCUCCUUCCCUUUCUUCCCUUGCCUUUCUUCCCUUCCCUUUCUUCCCUUCCCUUUCUAUCCUUCCCUUUCUCUCGUUCCCUUUCUCUCCUACCCUUUCUCUCCUUCCCUUUCUUCCCUUCCCUUUCUUCCCUUCCCUUUCUCUCCUUCCCUUUCUUCCCUUCCCUUUCUUCCGUUCCCUUUCUCUCCUUCCCUUCUCUACAGUCCGCCCAUGUUCCGCGCCAUCAGCCGCAGGGCGCUCACCGAGUGGCUGCACCUCCACCCUCUCUAUCCCUAGCACUCCCCCGUGUUUCCCCACUGCCAUUCCCGUGCUUCAUGCUCCCCCCCCCCUCGCCACAGCCAAUGGGAGACCCUCUAACCUUCCCUGCCAACAUCCUUCUCUGGGGGCCACCCAUGUUCCGAGCCAUCAGAGCCAGGGCGCUCACCAAAUGGCUGCACUUGCACCGCCUGCUGCUGCUCCCCCACCGCCUCUGCCCCUGGCUCACCUAGUGCCCGCGCUUCCACUGCCUCUCCCCCAUGUUCCCCCACCUGUUCCGUCUUCCUUCCCCCAUUCCACAGCCCAUGGAAGACCCCUCAACCUUCCCCAACAAUAUCUUCCUGUGCAGUCCGCCCAUGUUCGGUGCCAUCAGCCCGCGGGCGCUCACCGAGUGGCUGUGCUUCCACGCUCUCUCCCUUUCCCAUGUGCCCUCUCACAGCCCAUGGAGGACCCAUCAACCUUCCCCAACAAUAUCGUCCUGUGCGGGCCGCCCAUGUUCGGCGCUAUCAGCCCGCGGGCGCUCACCGAGUGGCUGCACUUCCACCGCCUGCUGCUGCCGGUGGACCGUUUUGUCCUGUAUGACGCGGGCGGCGUGGUGGACCAUGCUGACGUCAGCAGCGCAGUGCAGCCGUGGGUGCGGGCGGGGGUGGUGGAGGUGGUGGGGUUUGAGGAGUCAACGCAGUAUGACGUGUGGUCCUACGCUCAGGCUCUAUCAACGCACGACUGCCUGUACGGGAAUCGUCACAGGGCGCGGUGGCUGCUCUUUGCUGACCUGGACGAGUUUGUCGAGGUGCUGCCGCCUGCCACGCUCCAGCAGCUGCUACAGGACAACGCCGGCCGCCCGUGGAUCACGUUUGGGUGCACGGUGUUCAACAGCUCGUUCUGCCGCCCGCAGGAGCCGUGGAACGGCGGCGCCACUAGGAGAAGAAGGAGGAUGUUGCUACAGGGGGAGGGGCAACAGGGAGAGGGGCAACAGGGGGAGGGGGAACAAGAAGGUGGGCUUUUGAGGCGCUUCAGAAGGCACCCAGAGGAGCCGUGGAAUGGCGGCACGACAAGGCGAAGAAUGAAGAGGAUGUUGCUACAAGGGGAGGGGCAACAGGGAGAGAGGGAACAACAAGGCGGGCUUUUGAGGCGCUUCAAAAGUCACCCAGAGGAGGGGAAGGGGGAGGUGGAGGAGAAUGGCGGCACGGCAAGGAGAAGAAUGAAGAGGAGGUUGCUGCAGGGGGAGGGGGAACAGGGAGGGGAAGGGGGAGGUGGAGGAGGAGGGGGGGAUUGGGGCUCUGGUGGUGACGUGGCUCCAUCAAGGCCGUUCAUAGUGGAGGGGGUGCGGUCCCAGUGGCCGCACGCCUACUGCAUGAACACAUCCCUCUACCCGGACCACCUGUGCCUCGACCAGUUCGGCCACCGCAAGUACAUCCUCAACCCGCGCCGCGUCUCCCUCGCUCAGAUCCACGUGAUCAUCGGCGGCGAUAUGGACGGCCUGGAUCUGCCGACGGACGUGGCGAGAUUCGCGCACUACAGGGGGCUGACAACACGCGGGUACCCCAUGUGCGACCUGGGUGCUCCCAGCCGCUGGUGGCGCUACCACGAUGGGGUGGCACGCAUGGCCCAGGCUGCCCGCUCCUGCCCUGCUCUUGUCACAGCCGUUCCUGAGCGCUGCACAGCGCAGGCUCUCGCGAGCAGCAUUGCAUGA